UCUCAUUUUUUCUCCUUCACUCUCAGCAACGCCGCGCACAGUCUCUGAGCCCCUCUCAUCUCAACUCUCAUUCUUGCAUGCCUGAAUCCUGAUGCCUCUCUCUCUCAAUAUCCGAAUCCGAUCUCCAUCUCUCUCGGACUCUGACUCUCUCCGCGUCCAUCUCUGAGUCUCACUCGAUCGUCUCUCACUCGGACUCUGUUUUUAGCCGUGGGUCUCGCCAUCGGCCGUGGGUCUCUCUGUCACUGCUUGUCUCGCCCGACAGUCUCUAAUGGAUGCCCUGCUCCCACCCUCUCCCACCUCUUCUUCGGAUUUGUAUGCAUAUCUCCUCCAGACAAGCCUCAAGUCCAAAGACCCAUUUGCCGGAAAGUUAAUUCAUGCUCGGAUAAUCAAAGUUGGGCUUCAUCUUGGCGUGUUCUUGAUGAAUAAUCUCAUGAACUUCUAUGCAAAAGUUGGGUCUACUUCCGAUGCUCACCGCGUAUUUGAUGACAUGACCAUGAAGAACACAUUCUCUUGGAAUACAAUACUUUCAGCAUAUGCAAAACAGGGAAGGUUAGAUAAAGCACGUCGUGUAUUUGAGGAAAUUCCUGAUCGUGACUCAGUUUCGUGGACUAGUAUGAUAGUGGGAUAUAAUCAGAUUGGUCAUUUUGAAAAUGCAAUUAAGAUGUUUGUAGAAAUGAUUGGAAGUAGAAUUUCACCGACUCAGUACACCAUUACUAAUGUUCUUGCUUCAUGUGCCGCUAUUGAAGCUUUGGAUAUUGGUAGGAAGGUUCACUCAUUUGUUGUUAAACAUGGGCUUGGUAGUUGUAUUCCCGUGGCAAAUUCCAUGCUAAACAUGUAUGUUAAGUGUGGUGAUUCAAUAACAGCAAAAUUUGUUUUUGAUAGAAUGAGAUUGAAGAACACGUCAUCAUGGAAUGUUAUGAUUUCAUUGCAUAUGGAGUCUGGUCGGGUUGACCUGGCUCUUGGCCAAUUCAAACAGAUGGCAGAACGAGAUGUUGUUUCGUGGAAUUCAAUGGUUGCAGGUUACAACCGGCAUGGUUUUGAUGUUGAAGCAUUGAAAAUCUUCUCAAACAUGUUGAAAGAUUCUUCAUUAAAGCCUGAUAAGUUCACAUUGGCAAGUGCUUUGUCGGCCUGCGCCAAUCUUGAGAAGUUAAAUCUUGGGAAACAAAUCCAUGCCUAUAUCAUUAGAACUGAGUUUGAUACCUGUGGGGCAGUUGGGAAUGCUUUGGUUUCAAUGUAUGCCAAGUCCGGUGGGGUUGAAAUUGCAAGAAAGAUUGUGGAGCAAAGCGGGUCUUCGGCUCUCAAUGUUAUAGCUUUUACAGCCCUGUUGGAUGGCUACAUCAAGCUUGGGGAUAUAAACCCGGCCAGACAGAUAUUUGACUCAUUAAGGGACCGCGAUGUGGUUGCAUGGACAGCUAUGAUUGUAGGUUAUGUGCAAAAUGGCUUGAAUAAUGAAGCUUUGGAGCUUUUCAGAUCAAUGAUUAAAGAAGGCCCCGAGCCAAACAGCCACACUCUAGCAGCCAUGUUAAGUGUCAGUUCAAGCUUGGCUUCAUUGUAUCAUGGCAAACAAAUUCAUUCAAGUGCCAUAAGAUCAUGGGAAGCAUCAUCAGUUUCUGUGAGUAAUGCUCUAAUUACCAUGUAUGCCAAAGCUGGAAGCCUUAACAAUGCAAAGCAGGUAUUCGAUCUAAUACGGAAUAAUCAAGAUACUGUCUCUUGGACGUCCAUGAUUAUUGCUUUGGCUCAGCAUGGUCAUGGAGAAGAAGCCAUAGAACUUUUUGAAGAGAUGCUGGCAAUUGGUAUUAAACCUGACCAUAUAACUUAUGUUGGUGUGCUCUCUGCCUGUACACAUGUGGGAUUGGUGGAACAGGGUCGUAGAUAUUAUCAUUUUAUGCAAGAUCUACAUAAAAUUAAACCCACCUUAAGCCAUUAUGCAUGCAUGAUUGACCUAUUUGGGCGUGCUGGAUUGCUACAAGAAGCACAUGAUUUCAUAAAAGGUAUGCCUGUUGAACCAGAUGUUAUAUCUUGGGGUUCACUUUUAGCCUCUUGUAAGGUUCAUAAAAACAUGGAGCUAGCAAAAGUUGCGGCAGAAAAAUUGCUUCUUCUUGAGCCUGGCAAUAGUGGGGCCUACUCAUCCUUGGCUAACUUAUAUUCAGCUUGUGGGAGAUGGAAGGAUGCUGCUGAAAUUAGAAAAUCAAUGAAAGAUAGAGGAGUAAAGAAAGAUCAAGGAUUCAGUUGGCUUCAGGUACAGAACAAAGUCCAUGUCUUUGGGGUCGAAGAUGGGCUUCACCCACAGAAAGAUGACAUAUACAAUAUGAUGGAAAAGAUCUGGAAGGAGAUAAAAAAGAUGGGUUUCAUUCCUGAUAUUGAAUCAGUACUACAUGACCUUGAGCAAGAGGUAAAGGAACAGAUGCUCAGACAUCACAGUGAAAAACUUGCAAUUGCAUUUGGGCUAUUAAGUACUCCAGAGAACACUACAUUGAGAAUUAUGAAGAACCUUAGAGUGUGUAAUGAUUGUCAUUCCGCCAUAAAAUUUAUCUCCAAGCUUGUGGGCAGAGAAAUUAUUGUGAGAGACUCUACUCGUUUUCACCAUUUCAAGGAUGGUUCCUGCUCUUGUCAGGAUUAUUGGUAGGCAAAAAAGGGUGGGAUUUAAAAAGACAAAGAAUCUGAUGGUGAAGUGGGCAAAAAUUUCAAGUAUGUAGCAUCCAAAAAGUUGAUGCUCGAUGUAGAGAUGUGUUGCUUUCCUUAUUAUUCUGUAAAGAUUUUGGCCGCCUACUGAUAUGACUUUCUAUUAGAGUUCUAUAUUAUGGGCAUAAGAGGAUGCUUUUGGAAUGAACAUGUUGUUCUAGUGGCCAUGAGAACAUUAUGUCAUUGCUUAUGUUGGGCCACUGUAUCUUGAAGAUGAAAUGCAACUGUUUUGACACAGUGGAUAUUUCCAACGAUUGUAUGGCGUUUAUUGGGACAUCUUUAUGCUUGAGCCAACCUGUGAAGUAUAUGAAAUCUGGGCUGACUAUACUUAUUAGAAUUCAUCCAACUUUACUUCGCUAAAUAUCCGUUAAAAUUGCACUUGGAUCCUACAAUUUCCCAACAAGAAAACAGAUGCGCAUUAGCACAACGGCUUCAUUCCAAGUUUUUCCGAUGAAUUGAGAAAUGCAUGGUCCCCAUACCUUGACAAGUUUUGAAGGGCGAAACCCUCCGACCCACAAGAAAAAGCACUCAGCUGAUGUUUCCCACAUGCCAGACAUCACAUAGAAGACAUCAGCUUUUGUUGCGGUUGCUUUGAUGCGGAAAAGUUGAAAUAGUGCGACAAGCCAUCAGUUACCAGCAUUUGAAGUUCUGUAUCCCCUAUAUGUGCAUUCAAAGCAUUCCUCAGAUCACAGGUCUGUCUAUUUUGUUCUUCCACCCAGUGUCCAUACUCCAUCUCAAAUGUAGUAACCCCUGGAGAAUCCUUGCCAUGGGUUAAUUUUAGAAUACAAUGUCAUGAAAAAAAAAAAAGGGGGCAAAAGGGCAUGAUACAAGAAGAAAAAUGUACCAAUGGGAAAUAGAACCACAAUGGUUAUACUCAGCAUGUCAGAAAGUUAUACAUGAAUAUAAAUAGCACAUUGAAAAAUUUGACACUGGUGUUACAACUGCACUUCAACCUACUGAAAGGGUGAAAUUCAUCAUGUUGUAAAUCCAGAUCCAUACCAUGGAGUUUUCGGCUCCGAUGCCAACUGUUAUGCCAAAGAUUUACAAGA